AUGGCUGCCCUGCCACAUCCCCUCUCCGCCCUGAGCAUCGAGGAGACCAACAUCGCCAGAGACGUUGUUGUCGAAAGCCACCCGGGCUCUCUGCUUACGUUCCGUCAGAUCUUCCUGCGCGAGCCUCCCAAGACUGAAGUCGUCGCCUUCCUGGAGGUCGAGCACUCGGGGGGGCUGGCGGCUGAGACCCCUCGCCCCCAACGCCUGUCCCAGGUACUCUACGAUGUAGUUGGCCCCAGCAAGGUACCCGAGUACCAUGAAUCCGUGGUAGAUCUGCGAAAGAAUAAGGUCGUGCAUCAUGAGGUCGUGAGCUCCAAAUUUCAAGCCGGUCUGACGAUGGAGGAAUUCGAGGACCUCAUAAAUGCCUGCAAGAAAUCUCUGCUAUUCCAGGCCAAGCUAGCAGAGUUGCAGCUACCCGAGGGUUUCGACAUCGUCAUCGAACCCUGGCCCUACGGGGCCGCAGACCCCGAAGAUGGCGAGACCCGAUUCUUCCAAGGCCUUAUCUUCGCCCAAGACACCAGGAACGGGAAUCCGGAUUCCAACUUCUACCCCUAUCCCUUACCCUUGAUUCCUAUCAUGGACGCCCGAAAGAAAGAGAUCGUCCGCAUUGACGAGCCCGCUACGGGAGGCAAAGGCGACGGCCUGCGGGAAAAAACACAUGACAAAGGCAUCAUCGAUCACUGCAAGGCCUCCGAGUACGUCCCAGAGCUACUUCCUGGCGGCCCGAGGACGGACUUGAAACCCUUGGCCGUCGUCCAGCCCGACGGUCCGAGCUUCACUGUCGAGGACGGAAACCUUGUUAAGUGGCAGAAAUGGAGCAUGCGCCUCACUUUCAACCCGCGGGAAGGCGCCGUUCUUCACGAUGUCCGAUUUGACGAUCGAAACGUCUUUUACAGAUUAAGCAUGAGCGAAAUGUACUUUAAUGGAGUGUUAACGAACGCUCAAGGCACCGCUUACGAACUGGGAAAUGCCGUCUGCAUGCAUGAGCAGGAUGACGGUGUCGGCUGGAAGCACCUGAACUGGCGGACUAAUCGCUCGGUUGUGGCGCGCCGUCGCGAGCUCGUUAUCCAGUUCAGCAUUACCCUAGCCAACUACGACUACAUCUUCGCCUUCAAAUUCGACCAGGCCGCAGGCGUCACAGUUGAGGCUCGCGCCACGGGCAUUGUCUCUGUUGUUAACAUCGACCCCGGCAAGGCCACCGAUUAUGGUACCAUCGUGAGCCCUGGCGCGCUAGCUCAGAACCACCAACACCUCUUUUGCGUGCGAGUGGAUGCGGCUAUUGACGGACAUGCAAACCGCGUCGUCCAGGAGGAAAGUUUACCUGUGCAGAUGGACUCAGUCAGCAACCCCAAGGGCAAUCUCUACGAGGUGCGCAAGACUCCCAUCAUUACCUCGAUCGGGCUUGAUGCCCGGCCCGACCGGAACCGGGUGUUCAAGAUCCAAAAUCAGUCCAAGAUCAACCCGGUAACGGGGAAUCCCGUGGCCUACAAGAUCGUACCGCCGCCGUCACAGCUGCUACUCGCGAGUCCCAAGAGCACCCAAUUCCGCCGUGCGUCCUUUGCAAGCCAUCACUUCUGGGUGACCAAGUACCGGGACGACGAGCUGUACGCCGCUGGACCCCGUCCUCUGCAGGCUAGGCUCGAAGUUGGGGGCAUCACGGAUGCGGCGGCCCGGGACGAACGUGUCUUAGAUGAAGACAUUGUCAUCUGGAGUGUCUUCGGCCUGACACAUAAUCCACGCAGCGAGGAUUGGCCAGUCAUGUAUGUGGCUCCCUUCUCCUCUCCCUAUUCAGUUUCUCCUCCCUUUCCUCCUAGUCAAAGCCCCUUUUCCAAUUUCCUCUCUUAA